AUGAACGCCUCUGCGACAACAACGAUACCGACCACAUCCUCUUUCUCCAAUCUCUUCCCCACCAAUUCCGCAUCGGCUACCGGCAGUUCCUCUGACGAAGACGAUGGCAAAAGCAAGAGUAACACAAAUGUCUACUAUCUCGUCUUCCUUGGUGUCCUAGUGGUUCUGAUGCUCAUCGCACUGUGCUUGGCUGUCCGAGCUAUGCGUAUGAGACGGCGGUAUCGGGCUGCAGCGCAGGCUGCCUUGGCCCGGGGAGAGACUGUGCCAGGUUCGAUACGAGACGAUUUCUGGGGCAUGGGCGGGCUGGCAGGGUGGAACUCGGACGGGUGGGAUAGGUUUGGUGCUGUCGGUCCAGGCGGACUAUGGAAAGACAGCAAAUGGCACAAGCUGCCUGCCUUGACAGAAGCCGAAGCCGCCCAGGAGUCUGAGAAGGCCGACUAUGAGGCGACGGAUCUAUGGACAGAGGAUACUCGGCCGUUGAGUCUUCAAUUAAGGAGAUCUCUACCCGAAGAAUCGCCCAUGGACGCUCUGGCGGGAUUACAACCACGGAAUGUUCGCGCGCGAAACAGACAACCAGCGCUAUUCAAUCGCUCUCGCCCCACCGAUGCCUUGGAUCGCUCCAACCCAUUCGAAUCCAAACAGAACAUACCAGAAAUCGAUCGGUCCAUAGGGACGGGCGAGCCAAUGAGAAUAGGCGUAGUCAUUCAAAUGCCCAAUCCGGGCAUCUCCGGGCAGAGAUAUACUCAAGGAGAGGAUGACGAGCAGGUUGCUUGGGAGAGUGGGAUGGAGAUCGGAUUGUGGGAAGGCGUGGUAGAAGGCAAGCUGGCGAGGGAUUCGAGUGCAGAUCUUGCGAGUGCGAGUGUGCCCGUCAGGAGAGAAGAUGGGGGAGGACUGGCUCGGAACGCAUCAGAAGACUCUUACGGGAACGCGGACAUCGCCCUGUAUCGAUAG